GCAGCACGCUUGGCGCAGGCGCACAGGAGCCGCGGCCCGCCCAGGUGGGCGCGUGAGCCGCUCCCUGAUCUCUGCCGAGGCACUGUGUUCCAGCGGGAGCUCGUUGCAGGCGGUGAGGGCCCGCCUCCCAGCCGGGCAGGAGGCGUGGGCAUGGAACUGGCCGCCGUCGCCAUGCCCCGGGCCCGCGCCGCUGCCUAGGGCGACCCGAGGGACGCUGCCUAGGGCGCGGCUCCGGGGACCCGUGCGGCCUAUCACGGCCCGGCGCUGCGCGGAUGGCCCUGCUCCUGCGGCCCGUGCUCGCCGUCCUUCUCCUCCUGACCGCCGCUUUCAGGUGCCAGGAGCAGGCCCAGACCACCGACUGGAGAGCCUCCCUGAAGACCAUCCGGAACGGCGUUCACAAGAUAGACACGUACCUGAACGCCGCCUUGGACCUCCUGGGAGGCGAGGACGGGCUCUGCCAGUAUAAGUGCAAUGACGGAUCUAAGCCUUUUCCACGUUACGGAUAUAAAGCCUCCCCGCCGAAUGGAUGUGGCUCCCCACUGUUUGGUGUUCAUCUUAACAUUGGCAUCCCUUCCUUGACAAAGUGCUGCAACCAACACGACAGGUGCUAUGAGACCUGCGGCAAAAGCAAAAACGACUGUGAUGAGGAGUUUCAAUAUUGCCUCUCCAAGAUUUGCCGAGAUGUGCAGAAAACACUAGGGCUAGCUCAGCAUGUGCAGGUCUCAUAUUAUAGGUGUUAUUCUGAAAUUCUAGUAGUAACUAGGAAGUAAUAACAAGGAGGAAAUCUCUGCUCCAGGUGAAGCUUGAACUCAAAACCUCUGAAUCCCUUUGAACGCUUUUGGCUAAGGUAAACUAGUUGUCCAGGUGAAGCACAGAUAGAUGUGUGUCCUGUUUUCUGACCUAAGGAUAUGCUAAUGUUGUUAGCAAUUUCCUUGCAGUCUCCUAUUUAGUAAUCAUAACCUUUACACUUCUGUGGUUGGUUGUAUUCCUUAAUGGCACAGCCUUUUGGAAAACUUUGAAAAUGCCAAGAUUUUGUAAUGAAAAGUUUCUUUCUUAACAUGAAUAUUGGAAAUUAGAAGUAUUUGGAUAACUAAAAGCCACUCUGUGCCGUAUCUCUGUAAGUAUAGUAUAUUAAGAUAAUCUUACCUGAGUGUUCCAGGUUUCUUAGAAUAAGAAAAGUUAAAUCUGUUAUCUUUUUUAUCGUCUUUCAAAAAUAUUAAGAAACCCCACCAGAGGAAAAACACCUUGGAUUCCUGUUUCUCCCCUCCCAAACCAAAUUUGGAUAUUGGUCAAAGAAAGAGACUGGAGUCCAUUUAAUACUUUAAGCAUCUUAAAUUAUGUGUGAUCGUUAAAAGCUGUUGACUAUAAUUAAAUGUUUUGAGGUUUCUCUAUUUUUAACCUUAAUUUUUUUCUGCACCUAGAAGUCCUUCCUUAAAGUGCAAACUUAAGAGUGUUAUCAGGCAUCUCUAUGAGUGAUAUUUUUCAUAUAAAAGGAAAAUUAACAGUGAUGAACUGAUCAGUGCUAUUGAGGGAGACUCACUGUCUAGUACAGAAAGUUGGUUUGAAUAGUUGCAUGCAAAGAAAAAGUAGUUACAGGUAGAGAGGCUGAAAGGGAAAGUCUUUGUAUAUAUAUGUUACCAGUUUGCGAGGGUUGGGAAGACUUUCACCUAAAAUAGGUGUAAGUGCCCACUAAGGCUGUGCCUGACAUUGUGCUGAAACAUGUAAUAUACGUGAAGAGAGAGUGAUGCUUUGCAGUUGCCUAACAGUAACGGCACUUUCUUACUUUGCAGCAUGUGAAUCCACCGUGGAGCUCUUGUUUGACAGUGUUAUACAUUUAGGCUGUAAGCCGUACCUGGACAGCCAACGAGCUGCAUGUACGUGUCGCUACGAAGAAAAAACUGAUCUUUAAAGAAGAUGCUGACAGGUGGUGACAGCAGAUGAGGACAGAAGAGCAUAACCUUUGACGAAGAGCUAAUGUUUUCACAGCAUAAAGCUGCCUUAUUUUUGUGAAAGGAUUAUUUUAAGACCUUAUUUUGACAUUAAAACUUCAAACUAAAGAAACAAAUGCAGGUUAUCUUCCUGGAUGUUGCUGCCUUAGUGUGCCAUAUUGUCUUGACAAUCACAGGAAGAGGUGCAUGUUAAGGGAGAAUUUUUUAAAAGAAAGAGUCUAGCUCAGUUUUCACAACUAUAU